AUGGAUCUUACUCAAGAGGCUGGUUUAAUGAAGACUGUGACUAAGUUUUCAAAGUGCUAUGAGAAGUUGGUAAAGGAAUUUAUUGUUAAUUUGUCUGAAGAAUGUGCUGAUGGCAAGUCUAAGGAAUUCAAGAAAGUGUAUGUCAGAGGCAAGUGUGUACAUUUCUCUCCUUUAGUGAUCAACAAGUAUUUGGGAAGGCCUGAUGAAGCUCAACCUGAGCUUGAGGUAAGGAAGUGGCCUCUCAAAGGAAAAUUGGUGGCAAGUAAACUGAGUGUCAAGUAUGCAAUGCUGCACAAGAUUGGAGCUGCUUACUGGGUGCCCACCAAUCAUAAAUCUACAAUUGCUGUAAUGCUUGGAAAGUUUAUAUAUGUUGUUGGAACCAAAGCCAAAUUUGACUAUGGCUCAUAUAUUUUUGAUCAAACUUUGAAGCAUGCAGGAAGCUUCAGUGUGAAGGGUCCUAUAGCCUUUCCUUCUCUCAUCUAUGGUAUUGUUUUGAAUCAGUUUCCAAACAUCUUAACUGAGAAUGAUUCUGUGAAGAAAAGAGACAGCCCUAUGUCUUUCAAUCAUAAGUUGUUCCUAGGUACCCAUGUCCCUGACAUUGUCAUGACAUCAGGUGAGACAUCACGUGUAAGCAAUCAGCCAGGUAAAGCUACUAUCAUUGCAAUGCUCAAAGAAACCUGCAAGGAAUUAGAGGCAAGGAAGCUGAACUUGGAAAAAUUGAUUAGCUCUUUGGAGAUGACUGAAGGUGAUGUGCUAGCUGAUGGUGGAGAAUUUGGUGAAGUUGCUGCUGUUGCAGAAGAAGCUGAAAGACAAGGUGAAGAGGGAGAAGCAGAUACCAGUCCUGAUGAUGGCACAAAUGAUGAUGCUGACUCUGAGUCAGAUGACUAG